CAUUUUGUCCAGUCUCUCUUUCAACAUGCUUGUCGAUAGAUAACGUAAAUUUCAGAAAGAUUUUAAAAAUAUUCGUAUUUGUAAACAAAACAUACUCGCAUAAGAAUCUAAUAGGACAAAACCGUAGGCGGAAGUAAUGAAGUCCCAAAUUCCAGUUUUAUUAAUAUUUGUUACCAUUAUUUUGGCGUUAGUUUUGUGUGAAAAGAGUAUUGAAAAUACAAUAAGUGAUGUACUAGAAAACAAGAAUACACUAUCUAAAAGGUGUAAACAGGAUUUGAAAGUUCUACUGGAGAGGCUAAACAGUACUGAAGAAAAUACAUGGGCUUCAAGGAUGAUAGAAUCAACAUCAAGAAUCGCAACAAGUAAAUCUUCGUAUGACUAUGGAGACUCAGGUCAUUUUGAAGAAUGUAUCCAAUUACAAUCAAAAGAAGAUCAUAUUAAAGGAAAAUACUGUAUUGCCGAUAUUACAUAUCAAUAUAUGAAUUUUACAUCAGAAGAAAAUCCGGUUCUCUUAAAAGACUUAACAUUAAGAAUCACAGGGGGAAUGCACAUGCUUAGAUUUCCAACACGAGCAGUUUGUCUUCCAAGUAACUGCUCUGAUGCAGAUGCUGGUUUUAUAAUGAAAAAACUGCAAUACUCCAAUACCACUAUAAAGUCUCUUAUGUGCCAAACUAAAGAGGAAGUUUAUGAACCAUUGGAUCGCAAUGCGUAUGUGGGAAUAGUAAUAAUAGUGUUAAUUGCUAUCGUGGUUUUUCUUGCAACAAUGUACGAUCUUUACUGCCAGAAAUAUACGCAAGAAAGGGGUAAACCAGGUCUGGUAGCUUUUUCGGUAUAUACUAAUGGCAAAAAACUUCUCCAAACAAGUAACAAUCGAACAUCAUCUCUUGAUUGUUUAGAUGGAAUUAGAGUACUUAGUAUGAUAUGGGUCAUGACUUUUCACAUGUAUGUAAAAUACAUAGCAGUGCCAGUUUUUAACUCAAAAGAAUCAAUACAGAUUUCUGGUGGUAUAUUAGGCAUCCUCUUUACUACUGGACAUUUAGCAUGCGAUGCUCUAUUUAUAGUUGGAGGCACUUUAGUUACAUACGUAUAUUUUUCAAGAACAAAGGAGGGCGACCUUACCUUAUACACUAUCAUAAAACACUACAUUCACAGAUAUAUCAGAUUGACGCCUGCACUAAUUGGGGUGAUAAUAGUAGUAGCAACUUUAAUAAAAUAUACAGGUUCUGGUCCAAAAUGGCCGGUUGUGGAUACACUAUAUCAAGAAGGAUGUCAAAAAUAUUGGUGGUCUACUAUACUCUACAUUCAUAACGAAGUAUAUGUGGAUAAUAUGUGUGUAGCACAUACCUGGUAUAUUGCAGUUGAUACACAGCUUUACAUAAUAUCACCUCUAAUAUUUUAUAUGCUUAAGAAACAUACAAAGAUAGGAGUAACAUGUAUAAUUUUUGCAAUCCUGGCAUCGAUAACCGUGGCAUUUGUGAAAGGAUAUGACGGCAAUAUCAUAGCUACAGUGAGCGAUGCGUACUAUGCCAACGUGGACGUAGCAUUUGUUAUGUUGUACUUUUAUUUGAGUACGGUAACUAGAGCAGCACCUUGGUUCAUGGGAACACUUUUGGGGUAUCUACUCACUAGGACAGGAUUUAAAAAACCAUUAUCCCAGGUCAUUAUAAUACCUGUGUGGAUAAUAAGUUUAUUUGUACUCUUCUUAUGCGCCUUAGGAAACCAUCCUGCCUUCAGAAACGAAGAAUAUUCUAGAUUUGAAAAUGCCGUAUUCAGUUCACUUGUUCGCCCUUCCUUUGCAUUGGCAGUCGGUUGGGUGAUAUAUGCGUGUGCCACAAACCAAGGAGGCAUUAUCAAUAGGAUUCUCUCAUGGUCCAUUUUUAAGUUUAUUAACAAAUUUAUAUAUAGUAUGUACUUGCUGCAUCCCAACAUGAUCGACAUUAUAGUUUACUCACAAAAGUCUGCGAUAUAUUUUAGUAUAUUUAAUAUGAUAUUCUGGUUCUGGGGCAUUUUUGUACUGGUUUUCGCACUUUCGAUUGUAUGGGUGCUGGUGUUUGAAAUCCCACCAGUAAUUCUUGAGAGAUUAGCUUUUGCUAAAAUUGAACCGAAGAAGAAGACAAGCGAAGAGAAAUUACACACGGAUGCUACUACGAAUUAAAAAAUUGAUAUAUGUAUGUUUCCAUGCAUCACAUAAUGAAGCAACACUGCAUAUAAUAUGCACAUUGUGCAUUGUCCAAUUAUUGAUACCAUAAUGCCUGAAUUGAACUCAGAAUAUGUUCAAAUUUUACUUGUAACAUUGAUAGUAUAUUAUUAUUAAUACAUUUAUUUUAAUACC